UCCACGCCGGCCUCGGGGAGCCCCGGCCGCCGCGCCUCCGCCCCACUCUGCUGGCGGCCAGCCGAGCUCCGCGUCGCGGGAACUUGGGCAGGACUCCGACGGUACCGGGGCGCGGGGCGCGGGGCUGGACCGGAGCCCUGCGGCUAUGUCCGGUGGCCCCCUCCCUGACAGUCACUGUUCCUGUGCCCGGGUCCUGCCCCCGACGGCCGCGCGUUGAGAUGACUUUCCGCGAUCUACUGAGCGCCAGUUUCGAGGGACCCCGCCCGAACGGCAGCGCCUCGGGCUCCAGCGCGGGCGGCGGAGGGGGCGGUGCGUGUGGCGCAGCCGCCUCGGAGGGCCCGGCGGUAGGCGCACUGCCCGGGACCGCGGGUGGCAGCGGCGGCGGCGGCAGCGUGGUGGGCGCGGGCAGUGGCGACAACCGGAGCUCCUCCGGGGAGCCGGGGGCCGUGGGCGCCGGCGGCGAGGUGAACGGCACGGCGGCCGUCGGGGGUCUGGUGGUGAGCGCGCAGAGCGUGGGCGUCGGCGUCUUUCUGGCCGCCUUCAUCCUCCUGGCUGUGGCGGGCAACCUGCUGGUCAUCCUCUCGGUGGCCUGCAACCGCCACCUGCAGACGGUCACCAACUAUUUCAUCGUGAACCUGGCCGUGGCCGACCUGCUGCUGAGCACCACGGUGCUGCCCUUCUCGGCCACCAUGGAGGUUCUGGGCUUCUGGGCCUUCGGCCGGGCCUUCUGCGACGUGUGGGCUGCCGUGGACGUGCUGUGCUGCACUGCCUCCAUCCUCAGCCUCUGCACCAUUUCGGUGGACCGGUACGUGGGCGUGCGCCACUCACUCAAGUACCCCACCAUCAUGACGGAGCGCAAGGCGGCCGCCAUCCUGGCGCUGCUCUGGGCUGUGGCCCUCGUGGUGUCCGUGGGGCCCCUGCUGGGCUGGAAGGAGCCAGUGCCCCCUGAUGAGCGCUUUUGCAGCAUCACCGAGGAGGUGGGCUACGCCGUCUUCUCCUCCGUGUGCUCCUUCUACCUGCCCAUGGCCGUCAUCAUAGUCAUGUACUGCCGCGUGUACGUGGUAGCGCGCAGCACCACGCGCAGCCUCGAGGCCGGCGUCAAGCGGGAGCGGGGCAAGGCCUCCGAGGUGGUGCUGCGCAUCCACUGUCGUGGCGCCGCCUCGGGUACCGACGGCGCGCACCGAGGGCUGCGCAGCGCCAAGGGCCACACCUUCCGCAGCUCGCUGUCGGUGCGCCUGCUCAAGUUCUCCCGCGAGAAGAAGGCUGCCAAGACGCUGGCCAUCGUCGUGGGAGUCUUCGUGCUCUGCUGGUUCCCCUUCUUCUUCGUCCUGCCACUUGGUUCCCUGUUCCCGGAGCUGAAGCCCUCGGAGAGCGUCUUCAAGGUCAUCUUCUGGCUCGGCUACUUCAACAGCUGCGUGAACCCGCUCAUCUACCCCUGCUCCAGCCGCGAGUUCAAGCGCGCCUUCCUCCGCCUCCUGCGCUGCCAGUGCCGGCGUCGCCGGCGCCGCCGCCCCCUCUGGCGGGUCUACGGCCACCACUGGCGGGUCUCAACCGGCGGGCCGCGCCCCGACGGCGCCGCCAGCCCGGGUGCUGCGCUCCCCGGGGCCCCCCUGGCCCUCGCCGAGCUCGCGGCCCCAGGCUCCCCAGGCACACCCGAGGCGCAGGCUGCCGGCGCCGGCCGCGCAAAGCCGUGCGCUUUCCGCGAGUGGAGGCUGCCCGGGCCGUUCCGGAGACCCACCACCCAGCUGCGGGCCAAGGUCUCCAGCCUGUCGCACAAGAUCCGCGCCGGGAGCGGCGCCCUGCGCUCGGAGGUGGAGGCUGUGUCCCUUGGCGUCCCCCACAACGUCGUGGAGGGCGCCACCUGUCAGCCCUACGAACUGGCGGACAGCGACGACCUCCGGGAGACUGAUAUUUAAGGACCCCCAGAGCUAGGCCUGGGUCGGGGCGGGGGGUGCUAGGGGAGGUGGAUAAGGUGGGGUGAGGGCGAGGACGUGAGGAGCGGCUAGCUUUGUUCAAGAGGCCCGUGUGGAUCAGGGAUUCGAAACUGAUCAGGGCAGCUGCUCUCCAGCAUCCCUGAGGAAGGGAGGCGGAGCGGUGCCCUGGAGGGGUGGAAGGUGAUGGGCCCCCACUAGACACAGAUGCCCGAGCUCCUCCUUUCGGAGGGAGGGGGUGCGGACCCUGGGUGGGGGGGGGCCAUUUGCUCCCAACCCCUAUUUGAGAAACACUGCCCCAUCCAUGCCUUGAACCCUGGUCUACGUAGACAGCCCCAAGUCUGGCCAGGCAGGCCUGUCCCUCCUCUUGGGGAGAAAGGGGCAGGGAGGCCUGCAUGGCUGCCCCACUGCCUCCCUAGGAAAACGUCAUUGGGACACAGUUUCUCCUUACUGCCACCUGGAGGAACCUGGAGACCUGUCACCGCCACCCGCAAGCUUUGGUGGCAGAUGGAUGACUGUUUUUACAAGCCUGUUGUAUUUACCCGUGGACCCUGCUGGUACUCCUCCUUGCACACUGCAUCACCUGCCCCUGCCCCCUGUACCUCCCCCGCCCCCCCCAAGGGCCUUACUGUUUACACUCUGUACAUAGCUCCUUGUGCCUGUGCCCAUCACCUCCCGCUGGGAUCCGGAGCUGUCACAUGGGGAGAGCUUUAUUUGUCAUUUUGAGACAUAUUUAUUGGCAAGAGUACUUCUAUUUUGUCCAAACCGUGCAAACUGUCCCUCCUUAGCUUAUAACCUAUAAAGAACUACUUUUUUUUUUCUAGAAUUCUUCAAGUACUGAAGGCCCACAACAGGAUAGAUUGGGUAUUCGUGCACCUUUCUAGUUUCAACUUAACUGGCUCUUUAACUGUCCCUUUGGGACUUGUAGCAUGACCAAAGGACUCUGGAGGAGGAGGAGGUUUUAAAUUCACACGCCUAGUCUUGGGAAACAAACAGUAAUCAUAAACACAAAUUUCCGCUUUGCCAGUCUCCCCAGAUGUACCUGUGAUGCAGUCAUCAGUUAAACGGGUGGAACGUUACAAGAAAAAAUAUACAAGCCCAAGUAGACAGGUGUGCAUGGUGAGUGAGAGAACACCUACCCAGGAACCAUGCUUGCCACCCCAGGAGGGCCCCACUUUGCAGCACUUUGGCCACCCUACAGCUGGGGUCACUGGGGGACAGCCCUUAUGGUCUCACAGGGGUGGGGGCUGUUGGUCAAAUCAGGGCUC